GUUCCGUGAAUCCCAGAGGAUGCCGCGUGAGAUGCAGAGAAUUGGACGAUUUCAUUCAUCGCCGAGUUCACCUCCGUCUGCUUGCCCAAAAUGCUUCCACCAAAGAGUCUGAGAAACAUAUGGGUCGGCGUCGCGAUCUUCGUCACAUUGAUUCUCGUUUCGCAUGUGUACAUGGGUGAGGAUGAAUCCAACGUCCCAGAAAAGAUAAGUCUCUGGCACCCCUCGACACAUCCUCAGCAGCAACUUUUGAAAGAUGCACACAGACUACGAUCCGCGGAUGCGUUCCUGCCGCAUUUCAAGGCAGUAAUGGAGCUGCCAGGUUACACGAUGCAACAGGCGAGGCGGUCUUGUCCCUUGCGACACGGCGAGAAGGUGAAUUUCCAGUGGGAGGAGGGCGGCCCGGGCAGGGAAUGGAUCAAGCAAGACGUCCCAGGCUCAGAGAUCGAAUCUCACCGGCGAGAGUGGCAGUCCUUCAUCGGCAAUGGCAUGAUCCCUUACUCGAAGGUUAAAAAGAAAUUCUCUGGGCGUGGACUUGUGAUCGUGGCUGGCAAUCAGGACACCCUUAAGAGAGUGGAAGUGAUCCUGAGAUCCCUCGCCCGGCUAAAGUCGACAAUUAACAUAGAGCUUCACUAUUGGAAUGGUGAAGUGUCUGAAGUGGACAAAAAUGCCCUUCAAAAGCUAUAUUCGAAGAUGUACUUCAAUGAUUUGGCAGGGGAACACAACAUCAUCCAAGUCAAGAAAGACGGUGACUACAUCAACUAUCAACUCAAGACUGCUGCACUCGUCAACUCACGUUUUGCCGAACCAAUCCUUCUCGAUUCAGACAACAUCCCCGUCAUCGACCCAGCGCUGCUAUACUCAUCUGACACCUACCGCGAGUUUGGGACCAUCUUCUGGCCCGACAUAGCUCGGACAAGGCCUCAGAACCCAGCCUGGGCCAUCUUCAACACAAACUGUCGAAUGGACGAGUACGAACAAGAAAGCGGCCAGCUCGUGGUCGACAAGACACGCUUCUGGUACCACCUGCAGCUGGCCUCGUGGCUUAACAACGAGCAGGGCGCCUAUUACGGGCAAUUCCUCCUCGGGGACAAGGACACGUUCAGGUUCGCAUGGCACGCGCUCAAGACUGAGUACGGCAAGCCCAAGAGGUGGCUCACGAGCGUCGGCACGACCAACGAUGGCUUCUACUGUGGCCACUCUUUUGCGCAGCAUCACCCAGACGACGACCGGAUCGCCUUCAUGCACGGCGGCCUGGUCAAGACGGUCCACCUGGAGGUGAUGAGGUGGAACAGGGAAAAGAAGGGGGGCUACUUUCGAGACUACAAGCGCGCCAUGUCGGAUAGGGAACCGGCGGUGAGUGUGGACGUUGGGAUCAAGUUUGACGGGGCGCUAUACAAGCCAGAUCAUGGGCCUGAUUUCCACGCUGCCAUGUGUACGGACAUGUAUGAUGUUGAGCCGAGGGAUCUUGAUGAGAUUCUGCCUGGUUUUGAGCAGGUGUUUGAGGAGAUUGGGGGCUAUUGGGCAUUGGAUGGUUCCUAG